GAUGGGAAAUCCCAAUAGGAAUUCCAUUGACAAAUAAUAGCCUUCGCUCGUGUCAUUGAUUGUGAAAGUCGCAAUUAUUCUGAUACGUAUCCAAUAUAUUUAUAAAUAUAAAGUUAUCGUCUUGUUUGAAUCAGAUGUUAUAGAAUACGAAUUGGUUUUGAACCACAGGUUUCAAGAUGAUGAAUGGUCUGUCAAUGAAUAAUGGAGGAAUGGCAUCAGAUUUUGAAGUUUUAUCAAGUCCUGGUAAUGGAUCAAGUGUGGCUCAUUCAGAUAUCAAUAGUGGUAUGGAUAUAAAUUUUCAUCCACAAGGCAGAAUAUCAUCUAAUAACAUGUCAAUGACUGAUUUAACUUUGGAAGAAGCCAGACAGAGGUUGAUGGAAUUUUCUAAAGAAAAUUCUGAAUUACAAGCAUACAUGAAAGAGAAUAAUGAUAUGAUGAAGAAACAGUUUGAUACCCUGCAACAAUGGAAAGAUAAAGUACAAGAGGCAAAUGUGGCUAAUAGAGAAAAGUUUGAACAAACUAAAACAUUAAUAGCUACCUUACGAAGGGAUAAUAACAAAUAUAUUGACAAAAUAGCUGCACUUGAAAAAAAUUUACAUGACAAGCAUCAAGAGGCAGAAGCAUUAAAGGGAGAUAAUGAACAGUUACUACAGGAGAAACAGAAGAGUUCAAGAUUAGUGAAUGAAUUAAAACAAACCUUGUCAUCUUUAGAACAUUUACAAAAUCAAGCCACGGAAAAAGGGGAACCUGUUCCUGAUAUGGAAACAGUUUUGGUCAAACUUAGUGAAGAGAAAGAAAAUGAAUUUGAGUCACUGAGGACAUCGUUGGAUCGUAAAGAAGCUGAACUUCAUGAAGCCCGACAAGCAAAUGAGAACCUGAUCCACGACUUAAAAGAAUUACAGAAACUGAAAGAACAAAUUCAACAAGAUUAUCAACGUUUGAGUCGAGAAAAUCUGGAAUUAACCCAGACCUUUGGCCUUGAGUUGCAAUACAACUCCAUAAGUUCCAUUAACUGGAUGAAUGUUACCAAGAAAAAUGUGACUGAAGGAGCAGCAAAAGAAGAAAAUGGAGAUGAUGAAAGUGUUAAAGCAGAAGAAAUAAGAGUAGAUUUGAAGGAAACACCAGAGAAAAUGGAGGAGAAUCAUCAACAAGCAGCAUUCAGUGAUUUACUGAAACAGCAAGAAAGUAAAAAUCAAGAUUACGAAGGACAGAUUCUGCAGUUACAGAGAGAUAUACAAAUUCAGAGAGAAAAGAUUGAAGAGUUGGAGGUUGAGAAACAAAACAAACAAAAGGAGAUUCAACAAUUACAAUUUAAACACGAAUAUGAUUUAGCAGAAUGUAGUAAACAAUAUGAAGACAAAAUGGCUGAAUUUGCCAAGAAACUUGAUAAAAAACACGAAGAACAGUUGAAAUCACAGACAUCAAGUAAAGAAACAGUUGAAUCAUUGAAAGCACAGGUGAUAGAACUGAUGGAUGAAGUACAUGAUCAUAGUAGCAAACUAGUGGCGGCUAAUAAUUCUAUUGAAAGGAAAAAUAAAAGAAUACGUGAAUUGGAAGUGAAGAAUGAAAAGCUGCUUGAAGAUAUAUCAUCAGUAGAGAGUGAAAAAUCGAGAAUUACUCUAUCACUACAAUCCCACCUAACCAUUCUACAAACUAAUUAUAAACAGGAACAAGAACAACACAUUACUACCAAGAGCGAUAUGGAAGAAUUACGUGAAUCGUUUAAUCGUCUGAUUACUGAUUAUAAAGAAUUGUUGAAUAAAUUUGACGAAUACAAAACAUCACAGGAUCAUGUGUCUAAUGAAGAAGCAAAAAAAAAAGUAUGUAAAUUGCAAGAAGAUAUUAACAAAUUAACAUGCCAAGUUAUUGUAGCAGAAGAAGCAUUAACAUUGAGAGAUGAAACUGUAGCUGACCUUAAAAAAGAAUUAACAGCAGUCAGGGAAGAAUGUGACGUUUACAAAACACAGGCUGAUGUAUUUAAAUGUGAUUUUGAUGCUGAAAGGAACGCGCGAGAAAAACAAGUUCAAGAAAAAGAAAGGAUUUUAAAAGAUAUGGAACAUCUUCGUUUAUCAAACCAACAACUCCAGGAUGAGAUGGAGGCCUAUUCGGCUCGUCAACUACAAGAGAUGCAACAACGGGCCAAUAACCAACCGUCAGAAGGUUUCUAUCAUGUGACAAACUCACACUUACCACCCCAUGGUUAUGAUUAUACAUUGCCUGCUGGGUAUUCUGCGACAAUGAGUCAAACACCUCCACAGAAUACAAGACAAGAAGACAUGUAUAAUCAAGAGGAAGAGGUAGAAUUUAUUUGUCCAAAAUGUAACUUGCAAUGUCCAGAUUUAGACACUCUACAGAUCCAUGUGGUGGAAUGUAUGAACUUAGAUUAGACAGAAGCUAAAAUAUCUUAAGGAAUCCCCUUUUCUACACCCACAUUUAAUGCAGACUUCUUGAAUUUUGACUCUGAAAAGGCAGAUUCCUUAAAAUAUUAUUUUACAUGAAUGGCCAUGGGGCAUUUUAGCUCACAAAAAUUGCUUAUGAUUAGAUGACCCAUGCCUUUGUGUAUUCCAAUUCUGAUAUUGUUAUUGAUUUGUUGUUAUUCAAUAUUACAUAAGUCGGAUUCGUACAAGGCAGAUCUUUGCUCAACUGGACCCUUCGAUCCUGUGCGUUUUUCUAAUUAAAUUUAUGUGCUUAAGUCGGAUUUCCUAAGUCGGAUCUUCGCUCAACUCGGAUUAAAAUGCUUGAUCUAUUUGAUCUAAGUCAGUUUUGUCCCGAUGGUCAAAAACGCGGUUAGGUAUUCCAUGCACAGAGCCCCAAAAUACUUUCCCCUAUGAUUUUGACUCAAAUCAGCUUAUUUGACGCGGCACAAUAAUAGAAUUUUCACAGAAAAUUCGAAACUUGCUGUCUGCUGUACGAGAAAAUUUAGGAAUUUUUCACAGAUGGCGACAAAACGGAAGUUAUCUACUCGCACCAAAACGGAAGUUUUCUACUCGCAUAUACGAACAAAAGCUUGAAAUGUGCCUUUGAAUCAAUUAUUAUCCGGCUCUUGCAGUUUAUUUCUAAUCGAGGUAAGAUUGAAUUUACGUCUACAGCUAACACGGAUCUUCGCUUAAAUAGGAUAAAAUUGGUCAGUCCACUUAGAUCCGACUUAUUCAAAGUUUACUGUAAUUAUAUACAUGUAAUGCUAUAGUAUUUGUUAAUUGUAUUUAAUGAGUAUAAUUACUAUAGUAGAUCUAAUUUGUAAUCAAUAUGUGUUAUAUAUUACUUUGUAAAUUGUAUUCAAUAUGAGUAAUGAGUUAUGUAUUGUUAUACUAGUUUUAAAUUCCAUUCUUAAAAUUGUGAUCCUACAAAUAAUGUUUGAGGUAUAUACAUGGAUAUUAUUCACCCAACGCAUACCCAGGUUUUGUCAAAAUUUAGUCAGGUAAAGACUAUCUUGCGUUUAUGUUAUAAAUAAUUACUGGAAAUAACCUAUUAAUUAUGGCAGUUGAUACCAGCCCUACUUUUGUUUACAAGAAUUUUAACUUUGUUGCGUUAUCAGAGAAAGUCUUAUUCUGUUAAUGAUGUAUGGUGAUUUGUUAUAUAAUUUUCUGUACAAGAAAUAACUAGUUGUUAGACUUCAGAAUAUUUCAUUAAAAUUACAGUAUUUGGGAAGCUUUAUAUUAUAUAGUGUUAUUGACAGGUUUUAAAUCGUUUUCUAUUUGAUAUUGUAUAUUUAUGAUGUUGCUUCUGGUUAAUUAUAUGUUGCUUCCAAGAGAAGACUUUACGCUGUUAAUUGCACUCUCUAGGCUGGACCUAUAAUAUAUAUAUAUAUAUAUAUAUGUACAACCUGCAAUAAAUUUCAUUCAAAUGACAUACACCUAGGAAAGAACACAUUUAUGAGGCACUAUCUAUAAUAUCUAUAAAUUGUCUUUGUAUACACCCACAUUUUCAUGUGGACGUAUGAUGCUGUUGCCCCUGUCCAUCCCUCAGUCCACAAUUAAUUUGUGGACACUCUACAGGUCACAAUUUAUAUCCAUUUAUUAACGAAACUUGAAAGGUCUAUCUCCAAAAGAUCUCGGUUCCUCCUUUGGAUAUUGGCAUGUAUCAGACCAUAACUUCAUGGAUUAUGGCCCCUGAUUAUAUGAAAAAUCCCAAAUUUUAUGCAAAUUUGUAAUUUGAAGGUUGAGGACCCUCCAGAGGUCACAAUUUUCAUCCGAUUUUGAUGAAAUUUAAAAUAUAUCUUUAUACCCCAAAGAUCUGUCCCUUUCGAUAUUUGGGCAUUUCAGACCAUAAUUUUCUGGAUUAUGGUCCCUGAUUGUACGAAAAUCACUUUUGUUUGAAGCUUGUUCUCUAUCCAUCUCUUGCAUAAUGUGGGCGUAUCUUGGCUGGCAACCGCUGGUUUCUUUUUAUUAAAGUCAGGAAAAUUUAUCAAAUAA